UCUCUCCUUCCCUCCCCAAAUCCAGGAAGGAGAAAACAUGAAUGAGGUAAAGGAUGCCCUCAGAAGCAUAGAGCAGAACUACAAGCUCUUCCUUCAGCAGCAGUUCACGUUUAUCGGAGCACUGCAACACACCCGAGAGAACGCUCAUGACAUGAUCAGACCUGUCGCAAGCAUCAGCCAGGUACAGUCCUACAUGGACCAUCACUGUAACAAUUCCACUGACAGGCAUAUCCUCAACAUGUUCCUAAACAUCUGCAAUGACCUAAGCAAGCUCUGCCAGAAGCUGGAAAGUGUGCAGCCUUGUAACAGCACAACCAAUGACAUUCUGGGGAGGUGCAAGGUGCUCCUCAGCCACAGCAACGACCUGAGCAGCAUCCGAGCCAAAUACCCUCAUGAUGUUGUGAAUCACCUGAGCUGUCAUGAAGCAAAGAAUCAUUUUGGAGGGGUGGUGAGCCUCAUCCCCAUUGUUCUAGACUGCAUAAAGGAGUGGAUAACCCACACUGAGAAGCUGUCACGGGAGGUGCUGCAAAAUGUGAGUGGUGGAAAUGCUAUCUCUGAGAAGUCAGCACCCCAAGGUGUACCAGACAAGGCAGUCAUUUCCCAAACAACACCUUCUGUGCACCUUGAAGUUCAGACCUCAGCUAAUAAGAAAGAUAAUGUACAAGUGCAGGGGAAUAAGCACGUCUGGAAGAAGCAGCACCUCAAUGACACAAAAAGUCACAGUGGGAAAUGCAAAAGUCCCUGGAAACCUCCAGGUAGACAUGCCUUUUAAAGGAUCAAAGUUCACCCAUCUCAUACUUACCACCUUUAACGAGGUGGUUGAAGACAGUGAAAUGAUUACUAGAGAUCCUGCCUAUCCAAGU